AUAAACUUUGUCAGGCGAGAAGUGUUCUACACUUGCAACCGUUUUGAAGCAAAAUUCGCCGUUUCAUUUUCCGUCGGAGAGGGAAAAAAGAUCAUCAGCCACCAGGUCCCGGAGUAGUCCUAAAGAAAAAAGCUACUAUAAAACCAAGUAUUCAAGUAAACAAAACCUUAAUCCUCACUAUAAGCUUACAGUUUUCGUGUCUCGCUGCGACAUAAUCAUCAGUAUUCGUUUAUCAUUACCAUUUUUUAAUCGCCACUCCUUCCUUUCUUCUUCUCUCAUCUAUUGAGCUUCGCUGAACUUAGCUCUGGUCUGAGUUCUCUCUGUUAGCACUGGCAAUUCAGGGAUAAUUGGCAGAGUGGUACAAUGGAGAGGAAGCAAGGUUUCUUUUCGGCGUUAAAAGAGGAGGUUAUUAGGGGCUUAUCGCCGGGGAGGUCAAGAGCCAACAGUCCGUCGGCGAGUGCGUCUCCAGUGUCGAGUUUGUUAUGGAGAAGAAAGGGACGUAGAAACCUCCAGAAGCAGCCGGAGCCGUUAAUUAUAGCAAGAUCGGGGAGCUUAAGGUCGAUGGAGGCUUUAUCGCCGUUGAGGGAGGGGCCGGAUCAAGAUGAUGGUGAAGAUUCGAGGAUGGAAGGGAGCUGGGGUCACUGGAUGAAGGGACAGCUGUCGAGAACACCGUCCGUUUCGUCGUCUAAUAUGUUUAAGCGUUCUGAUCUGAGGCUGCUGCUGGGUGUACUCGGCGCGCCGCUUGCUCCUGUGCACGUUAGCUGUGCUGAAACUUCUCCUCACCUUAGCAUAAAAGAUAAUCCAAUUGAAGCCACAUCUGCUCAGUACAUAUUGCAGCAGUACACAGCAGCUUCAGGAGGGCAAGCAGUUCAAAAUUCAAUCCUCAAUGCGUAUGCCAUGGGAAAGGUGAGGAUGAUGGCUUCUGAGUUUGAAACAGCAAACAAGGUCAAAAAGAAUCAGAAUUCGUUAAAAACUGCCGAGUCUGGUGGGUUUGUCCUCUGGAAAAUGAAUCCAGACAUGUGGUAUGUUGAGCUUGCUCUUGGUGGCAGCAAGAUUCAUGCUGGCUGCAAUGGGAAGCUUGUAUGGAGGCACACACCCUGGCUUGGAGCACAUGCUGCAAAAGGUCCCGUUAGACCACUGCGUCGUGCACUUCAGGGUCUUGACCCAAAAACAACUGCAAGUAUGUUUAGGAAUGCAAGAUGCAUUGGAGAGAAGGAGAUUAAUGGAGAUGACUGCUUUAUUCUCAAGAUAUGUGCAGAUUCUGCAACGCUGAAGGCUAGGAGUGAAGGACCAGCAGAGAUCAUAAGACACGUAUUGUUUGGCUACUUCAGCCAGAAAACUGGACUCCUUGUUCACAUAGAGGACUCCCAUUUGACACGCAUUCAAAAUAAUGAAGGUGAUGCUGUGUACUGGGAGACUACAAUCAAUUCUUUCCUUGAUGAUUACAGGCCAGUGGAUGGUGUUAUGAUUGCUCAUUCAGGACGUUCUGUAGUAACCCUUUUCCGAUUUGGAGAUACAGCAAUGAGCCACACCAGGACUAGAAUGGAAGAAGAAUGGGAAAUUGAGGAAGUAGCAUUCAAUGUCCCAGGCCUGUCAAUGGAUUGUUUUAUUCCUCCUGCUGAAUUAAGAUUUGCUUCUAUUAGUGAAACCUGUUAGCUUCCUCAGAGUCAGGAGGGCAAAACCUGCAACGCCUGCUGCAGUAAAUCAUGCCAAAGUUACUGCAAUGGAUGGAUCUCGUAAUAACAUUGCUUAACAAUACCAUGCGGAAAACAGAUGUUUACAAAACCGAAACAGCUUGUGGCACAAUGGUGCGUGGCAAGGGUAUAUAUCUAGUUUACUGGACUAACGAACUAGGAGGCGAUUGGCAGUUCGAUCUAUGAGUUAUCAAUUUAUCAUUCAGGACAGUGAUAAGAAUUGUUAAAGUUUGAAUCAAUGUGUCUUUGAAUUUAUAAAUAGAGCAGUCAUUUGACAUAUUUUCUCAGGUUACUGAUUGUAUACUUAGUAUUCUGGCAAGGAAGAUUGCCAAUAUGGACAGAGAGCUGACAGAGGUUUGUUUCUCCAUUUACAUUGUUGCAUAGAUGUCUUCGUUAGUGAUAUGUAAAGUUUUUUUUUUUUUUUUGUUGUAUGGUUUUAUCAUCAAUGAAGCAAUUUAAUUGUAGCAAA